AUGUCGCAACCGGCAGAGGCACAGUCGGUAGAGCUACCAGAAUGGGCACGAGCCUGGCUCUCUGGUGUCUUGCCCACAAGGAUGGAACAAAUCCCAAGUGGAAGUCCACAUCCGCCAUCUCAGAAUUCUCUUCUUCGUCCACCAAAUGACUCCCCGAGCCUGAUAAGCGCACCGUCAUCCGUUUCAACUGACUCACACGAUAAUGGGCUUUUCACCAAGUGCCCAGAGAAACAACUUGUUAUUGGACUUAGCCGGAAACGGACUGUCAGCAGAGCGCUGAAAGGUGUCCACAUAUUUAUGAUCACAGUCAAUGCAACUCUCGGUACAGGCCUCUACUGGCGAGGUGGUCAGAUUCUUGAGCUCGGUGGACCGUUGGCAGUGGUUCUAUCUUUCCUCUUCAUCGGAAUCCUAACAUGGGGUGUCAUGCAAUGUAUCACUGAAAUGCUGUGCAUUUGGCCAAUACCCGGUGCAUUGUCAGUAUACGUUAGCCAGUUUGUCGACGAAGAACUGGGGAUCGCGGUCGGUGUUACAUACUGGUUUGUCUACUCGAUGUCCUUUUCCACACUGGUGGCAACCUCCGCUGCAGAGUUCAAUUUUUGGGAUUACAUCCACGAAAGACCGGCUAUACAGGGCUUGAUUAUAUACCUACUGAUCCCACUGAUAAUCGUCUGUAUCAAUGCCAUAAGAAUUGAGAUCUAUGGUUGGUUGGAAGUGGCGACAGGCAGCAUCAAAAUCAUAUUUCUUGUUAUAAUCAUAGUGACACUGAUUGCAAUCAAUCUUGGAGAUUGGACUUCGCCUACCGAAUUUGAUACACGGGCGGCCAAUAACUGGGGCACCGCUUUGCUGAUGAGCAUUUCAAUAGCAACUUUUGCAUACACUGGAGUGGAAGUUGUUGCUGCCUCUGCCCUAGAGGCACGGUGGGUACAUCGCGAAGACGAAAUGUCAACAAUCUCAGACAAGCUUCCACCGUCUAAUGACGUCCAGGUCGGAAGAUCAUUCAAGUUUUCUGCUAUAUUUAUUCCUGUACUUGCAAUGGUUGCCUAUACCAUCAGUGGGCUGCUCGCGACAUUGGAUAUAGAGCGGAAGAGUUGUGCUCUCCCUCGGCUCAGUUGGCUUUCAGUGGAUGUGGAAGCCGGGUGCACAGAGCCUUCAAACAGUGCUGCAUUCGUCGCAAUAGCCACAAUGUCCAAUAUUCCGCACUUGGCAGACGUGUUCAAUGCUUUCCUGGUGUUCACGUGUCUCUCUUGUGCUGGUACUAAUCUGUACGUCGCCUCUCGGGCUUUGUUUGGCUUAACAAGUCGCUUGGACGGAGGCGAAGGUCAGAGAUGGUAUCUGCGUGUUUUUGCAUGGUUUGGCAAAACAGAUAGACGACAGGUUCCCCUGCGAGCUAUGAUAUUCUCCGCGGUGGCGUUCUGGUGGGUGCCAUUCCUGCAGCUGAUCCGCGGGAGUACUCAAUCCUCUGAAUCCUCCUUGAAGGGAACUCGAGCAUCCGUGGAUAUGUUCGUGGAGGUGUUGAGCCAAAUGGCAUACUCUGCGGUUUUAAUCGUCUGGGCGUGUGAAUGUCUGGCAUUCAUUCGCUUCUACCAUUGUAUUUCUCGGCAUCGCGAUCAUCUCCGACGUGAAGAUGUCGCCCACGUUCAGCGCUGGAGCGAUGACCAUGAUGACUAUCCAUACCGCAGCCAUAGGCAGCCAUUGACGGCAUAUCUAGCCUUUUUAGGCUGUGCUUUUGUCUCGUUGGUCGCAAACGGUGCUGCAUUGUGGAACGGGUUCCAUCUUCUACCAUUCUUAGCAUCGUACUUGACGAUUAUUGUCUUCAUGGGUCUAUGGGUAUUGUUGAAGAUUAUGCGAGGCGCAAAGUGGUCUCUAGUUGAUCUCUCGCAGCCCGACAAAGUCGCGAAGAUAUUCAAGCAUCUACAUGACAUCCGCUUGAGUGUAACGCAGUCCUGA